GCUCGGCAGCCCCAUCCGCGCUCCCCCUGCCCAGCCCCGGCCAUGAAUAUGUAACUCCCCCGUUUCCCGAGCUCCAUUGCGGAGGCCGCCGCUCGCCAUAUUGUGCUGCCGGGGCUGCGGAUUCUCCGCCGCUGAGAGGAGGGCGACGGGAGCGAGCGGGGCGCCAUGUCUCAAGCCGUGCAGACCAACGGGACGCAGCCCUUGAGCAAAACCUGGGAGCUGAGUUUGUACGAACUGCAAAGAACACCCCAGGAAGCUAUCACGGAUGGCUUGGAAAUCGUGGUGUCACCCAGGAGCCUGCACAGUGAAUUGAUGUGUCCCAUCUGCUUGGAUAUGUUAAAAAACACCAUGACCACAAAAGAAUGUUUGCAUCGCUUCUGUGCCGACUGUAUCAUCACAGCCCUCAGGAGUGGCAACAAAGAAUGUCCCACAUGUCGUAAAAAGCUGGUUUCAAAACGGUCACUGAGACCAGAUCCCAAUUUUGAUGCUCUCAUCAGUAAAAUUUAUCCAAGCCGAGAUGAAUACGAAGCUCAUCAGGAGCGAGUGCUAGCAAGAAUCAGCAAACACAAUAACCAGCAAGCUCUAAGUCACAGCAUUGAGGAGGGAUUAAAGAUUCAGGCUAUGAACAGGCUACAGAGGGGCAAGAAGCAACAGAUUGAGAACGGCAGUGGAGCAGAAGAUAAUGGUGACAGUUCCCACUGCAGCAAUGCCUCGACACACAGCAACCAGGAGGCAGGGCCCAGCAAUAAGAGGACCAAAACAUCGGACGACUCGGGGCUGGAACUGGACAAUAACAACACCACAGUGGCUAUAGACCCCGUGAUGGAUGGUGCUAGUGAGAUCGAGUUAGUCUUCAGGCCUCAUCCAACCCUCAUGGAGAAUGAUGACAGUGCACAGACAAGAUAUAUCAAGACCUCAGGCAAUGCCACUGUUGAUCACUUGUCCAAGUACCUGGCUGUGAGGCUGGCUUUGGAGGAGCUUCGGAGCAAAGGAGAAUCAAACCAGAUGAACCUUGACACGGCCAGUGAGAAGCAGUACACCAUUUACAUCGCUACGGCCAACGGGCAGUUCACUGUAUUAAAUGGGUCAUUUUCCUUGGAACUGGUCAGUGAGAAGUACUGGAAAGUGAACAAACCCAUGGAACUGUACUAUGCACCCACAAAGGAACAUAAAUAAGCUGUGCUGGAAGAGUGAGAUGAAACUAACUUUUUAUAGCUAUGACUUCUUUAAUAUUAAAAGAAGGCACCACCAUUCAUGGACAACACACAUGAUGCCUUCAGGGUCUCUCAGUAUACUUAUUAAUUAUUAGACAGUAUUCUGGGUUGUAUUUAAUUUAGUCUUUGCGUUGGGUUUUUGGUUUUCCCCUAGGAGACUAAAUGACCUUUUCCUGCGCAUCCCAGUGUUUGACAUGCUUUUUAGUUCCUAAUGCAUGAUAACUGAACGAGUGUUCCGCUUUGGAAUGUCUUCAUUUUGUCCAGGUCAAUCUGGAUUUCUAAUACAUUUGACACACUUAUAGUAGCCUCUGUGAAGUAUUGAGCGUUGGAUGGCUAAGUCAGUCUAUUCAAUAGUAUCAUAUACCAAGGAAUGUGUUAAAUGUUGUAAUUUGCUAAUGGUUAUCCAUGUAAAAGAUAGGUAGAGAACUGAUUUAUGAUAGUCUGGCAGCUAGAGGACAUCAGAUUCCCUGGAAAAGAUUUAUUAGUCUUGUGAACUAUUUUCUUGUGAACAAAUAGAACUGAAGUGAGAAAACUGACACUUUAAAACCUUGCUGUUUACUGGGCUUAAUACGUCAGUGCAAGGUGGUUCCCGGGAUUGGUUUGUUUUUUAGUGAGUAUUUCACUCAAAAAACCACAGAACUCCUCCCCGUGUAGAACAUUCCAGGUGUGGUGCACACUGCAGCUCCCAUCUCACCCCUGGCUGCAGCAUUCCUCUGUCCUCACAAGCUUAGCUGAAGAAGAUCUGGAGGCUUUACAGCCCUGCUCUGUUCCCUACAAUAACUGAUUUUUACUGUGAAUGUAUUAGAGUAUUCUGUAAAGAACUAUCCUGAGACUGUUUUUUAAAAAGCAAUUCCAGCACAUGGACAUAAUGCAACAUCAAAAUGCUUUGCUCUGUGGAAUUUGUGCCACCCCAGCCCUGGGGUUAUCUGGGCUUCAGCUCCAGUAGGGAGGGCUCCAACCAUAAGCUGUUCCAAGAUUGUAUUUUCUUUUUCCUUUUUUUUUUUUUUUUUUCCAUUUUUUUGCUAUAGCUUUAACAAAUGAUAGCACUUUGGAAGACAAUUUUAGUACUUGACAAAGUUUACCAUUUAGUGUCUUAAAUUUAGGUUCAAGUUUUCCAACUUGGCAGUAGGCUGUUGUGUGGAGUCCAGGAGCUACUGUUCAUUUGCAUGUUCAACUCCCCUUCCCUCACCCUGGCCCUUGCUGUCUCUUUGUGGGGGUUGCUUUACCUAUUGGCAUCCUGUCUGAAGGGCAGUGGUGUUACUGGGAGAUUCCCCUGGGCUGCAAGACUUGCUGAUGAAGCCUUUGCUUAUUUGCACCUGAAGCUAGAAGCAAAAAAUGUUGCCGAGAGGCAAGAGGUGAUACACUUUGAACUCUGAACUAAAAUACAGUGUUGCUCCUUCUUUGUCUUGCCUGCA